AUGGCGUCGUCAGAGACUUCGUGCUAUACUAUAGUCUUUGAGGACAGCUCCGAGACGCCCUCUACGCAGGAGCUUCGGUCAGCGCUGCAGAAGGGCUCGGACGAGGUCAAGCUCGACACGUUGCGCAAAAUUAUAGUCUCGACAAUCAAUGGAAAUCCUCAGCCACAGCUGUUAAUGCCCAUUAUUCAAUAUGUAAUGCCGUCACGGAACAAGACAUUGAAGAAGCUCCUGCAUUUUUACUGGGAAGUAUGUCCGAAGUAUGAUGAGAAUGGGAAGUUGCAGCAGGAAAUGAUUCUUGUUGUCAAUGCCAUUCGGAACGACCUUCAACACCCGAACGAAUACAUUCGUGGAGAAACCCUCCGAUUCCUGCAAAAGAUAUCCAAAGACGCGGAACUUCUUGAACCUCUGAUACCUACGUGCCGCUCAUGUCUCGAACAUCGCCAUGCGUAUGUCCGCAAGAAUGCCGUCUUUGCCGUCUACACUAUCUAUCGCCAAUUUGACCACCUUAUCCCCGACGCACCCGAGCUCAUUCAAACUUUCCUCGCCGCCGAGUCGGAUGCCACCUGCAAGCGCAAUGCCUUUGUAUUCCUGGCCAACUGUGCGAUGCCCAAGGCCGUGGAGUACAUUAUGCAAACAUUCGAUCAGAUUCCCUCGAUGGAUGAAUUGCUGCAGAUGAGCAUCAUUGAAGUCAUCCGACAAGAUUGCAAGAGGGACACUUCACAUAGGUCACGAUAUAUACUCUUGAUCUCCGAGCUUCUCAAUGCUCCAUCGCAUGCGGUCAAGUACGAGGCGGCCACCACCUUGACCUCACUUACACAGAACACGGCAGCUGUCAAAGCUGCGGCGUCAUGUUAUAUACAGCUCAUCACCAAGGAAUCUGACAAUAACGCCAAAUUGAUUGUCCUUGACCGCUUGGACAAGCUUCGUUCCAAGCAUGGCCAUGUUUUGGAUUCGUUGGUCAUGGAUAUCCUUCAGAUUCUAUCCAGCGCUGAUUUGGAAGUGCGCCGAAAAGCAAUGAGUAUUGUGCUUAGCAUGACUUCCAGCAGGAAUGUUGAGGAGAUCGUCUUGUUCUUCAAGAAACAGCUGCAGAAGACACAAGAACAAGACUUCGAGAAGGCACCGGAGUACAGGCAACUUCUAAUUCAAUCCAUCCAUGUUUGUGCUGUCAAAUUCUCCGAAGUAGCCGCAAGCGUGGUCCACGCGUUGAUGGAUUUCCUCGGCGAUUCUAAUAACCCCUCAGCAUUAGAUGUCGUCGCAUUCGUCAGGGAAGUGGUAGAGAAAUUCCCGCCUUUGCGGCCUACUAUAUGCGAGAAACUGAUACAGACACUCGGGGAGAUAAAAUCCGGCAAGGUUUAUCGCGGGGUGCUUUGGAUUCUUGGGGAAUAUACCGAAGGAGGCGAACAGAUCCAGGAGGUCUUCUACGAGCUCCGCAAAGUACUUGGGGAAAUACCCAUCCUGACUUCAGAGCAGCGGUUGCUAGAGGAGACUGGCCUUGAGGAUGAGCAGAAGGAGAGGGAUGAGCAACAGCCCAAGACCGAGAGUACAAAACCCAAAGUGUUGGCAGAUGGUACGUAUGCUACCGAGACAGCGUUUACCAGUAUGUCGAGCGCGCGAUUGGAGGCGGUGAAAGCCGCUGCGAAACCACCGUUGCGCACUUUAAUCCUUGGUGGAGAUUUCUUCACCGGAUCCGCUCUCGCGUCGGCCCUGACUAAGUUGGUGCUGAGAUACACGGAAGUCUCCAGUGAUGUAAAGAAGACUAAUGCGCUGAAGGCGGAAGCUAUGUUGAUCAUGGCUUCUGUAAUUCGCGUUGGGCAGUCAAAAUUCGUAACUGUGCCAAUCGACGAGGACUCGAGCGAACGUAUCAUGUCUUGCAUACAGACGCUGGGCGAGCUAGUGGCCAAGCCAGUUGUACAUGAUAUGUUCCUCAAGGAUACCCGAAUCGCAUAUUCGAAGAUGGUUCUGGCGCAAGAGAAAAAGGCGGCGGAAAAGAAGGAACAGGAGAGCGCGAAGGCGAAGAUUGUGCAGGUGGACGAUCUAUUGACUUUUCGUCAAUUCACCAAGAGGGUUGCAGACGAUGUCAUAGACGAUAUAGAAGAUGUCGGACGAGCAACCGGGGCGACCGAAAUCCAAGAAGACUUCAUCUCGAAUCUCAGUCGCAUAUCGCAGCUCACCGGCUUUUCAGACCCCAUUUAUGCCGAAGCUUAUGUCAAAGUGCAUGGCUUCGAUAUUCUUUUAGACGUUCUUCUGGUCAAUCAAACAGCGGAUACACUACAAAAUCUCUGUCUUGAUUUCGCGACGCUCGGAGACUUGAAACUGGUUGAAAGACCAUCAGUGUACACAGUUGCCCCACAUAGCUUCCAAAGCAUCAAGGCAACGAUCAAAGUCUCCUCGACUGAAACAGGUGUAAUUUUCGGCAGCAUCCUAUGGGAGGGCCCUGGUAUGGCAGAGCAAUGUGUGAUCCUGAACGAUAUCCACAUCGACAUCAUGGAUUACAUCAAACCAGCAUAUUGUACAGAAGCGCAGUUCCGAAGUAUGUGGACAGAAUUUGAAUGGGAGAACAGAGUGAACGUCACCACGUCGAUAUCUGACCCGCGAGAAUAUCUGCGCCACGUAAUGAAGGCAACCAAUAUGUCGUGUUUAACACCGGAGGGUGCGGUUUCGGGAGAUUGCGACUUCUUAUCGGCGAACAUGUAUGCCCGAAGUCUGUUCGGCGAGGACGCGCUGGCGAACCUGAGUGUGGAGCGCACCGACGCCGGAACAAUCACUGGCCACGUCCGGAUACGGAGCAAAACGCAGGGCAUCGCGCUGUCCCUGGGCGACCGGAUCACGAUGGCUCAAAAAGAGAACAGACCACCUGCAUAG